AUGCCCGGGGCCGGCCGAGCCGCGGGCGUGAGCCGCCUGCGCCCGCAACCCUCCGAGGAGCCGCCCGCGCAGGAGGACCUCCUCCUGGCAGGUGCCUAUGUUUCUGAUGCCCAGUACAACAGAAAUGUUCCCUUUGAAACAUCUCCUCGGGCCAUCAGACUUUACUAUUUUUAUAACCACUGGACAAUGCAAGUAGCCAUCUACUUCUUUAUUUGUGUCGACCUUUCCCUCGCCCUGUUUGAAGAACCUGCGCUGUUUCCACUGCCUUUCUUGGCUACCUCGAUAGCAGAAGUACUCUGUCUGACUGCAUUCUUUGGGAGACUUGUACAUUUUGCAAAAGUCACUCCUCAAAUGGUUUUCUGGAAGGAUACGAAAAACAUCUGCAUCAUGGUAACCAUAGUGCUGACCUUGAUCGAUUUGAUUAUCUACGGUUCCCUGGAAGCUGUUAAUAUCCACAGCGUUCGAUGGUCAAGGGCCUUAAGGCCAGUCUUCCUAAUUAACUUCCCUGAAAGUCGUCAGAUCCGAAGAACUUUCAGAAGCAUCCGGAACACUCUGCCCGAUAUCCUCUAUGUCUUCCUCUUGUUCAUGUUCAGUGUGCUGAUAUUCUCCCUUAUGGCCUUGAAGCUUUUUGGGGAUCGGGGUCUUCAAACAGUGGAAGGCUUGCCCUACUUCACGAAUAUGCUGGAGAUAGCGUUUGAACUCUACGUACUGGUCACUACUGCGAACAGCCCUGAUGUCAUGAUGCCUGCCUAUAACUUCAACUGGUGGUAUUCUCUGUACUUCAUAACCUACAUCAUCAUCAAUACCUACAUCUUCAUGUCCGUCUUUCUGGCUGUGGUCUACAACAAUUAUAGGAAGCACUUAAAGAACGAGAUUCGCAAACUGGCGUACCUGAAACGUCACAAAAUGAUAGAGGCUUUCAACAUUCUGAAAGUCAAGGUGGGCACAGAGUUUGUGGUGACAGAGGCCCAGUGGAAGCGGCUGGCCAGGAUCGUGAUGCCACACAUCAGCAGUCCCCACCUGGAGCUCCUUUUGAGGAUCUCCGACGAGGGACAGAAGGGCCACGUGGACAAAAUGAACUUUCUACGCUUGGCUGACCUCCUCAACAUUCAGGUGGUCACCAUCAACAUCAAGAGACACCCGCUGGAAAAGUGGAUGCCUUGGGUAUACCAGUCGUCUGCAAGCCUCUUGGUCCAGAGGAUGGUUCGGCACAGGAUCUUUGUCUGGGUUUAUGAUGUCAUCAUUCUAAUAAAUGCCAUAUUCAUCGCUCUGGAUGAGAAAAACCCCUUCAUUUCCUAUGCAGAGUGGCUUUUCCUUUCUCUCUAUAUUAUUGAAAUUCUCCUGAAACUGUACACAUACGAGCCCAGAGCCUAUUUUGGCAAGAAACAGUUCUGGAACUGGUUCGACACGCUGAUCGUCGUCACGGCCCUGGUGGUCACUGUGGCCAGCACCACCAUUCGGUCAGCAAGAAAAUACAACAGUCAGCAGAUACUGGAUAUCGUCUUGAUAUUGAGGAUCCUCCGGCUCUUACGGAUCAUUGUCAGCAUUCAGAGAUUCCGGCUUAUCGUGACCACCUUAAUUAACAUCGGUCCCACGAUACUGACGUUUGGUGGACUCGUCUUGGUGGUCUACUACGUGUUCGCCAUCAUCGGGAUGGAAGCAUUCCACGGCAAAGUCCGGUUCUUCGACCCAAAUUUCACCACCCCCGAUGCUCUGGUGUGUGGGAACCCAGCCUUGAAAGACUCAGCAUUUGCCCGAGACAGGUACUGCAAGAAUAACUUCAAUGACCUGGCCUCCUCGUUCAUCGUGCUGAUGGAGCUCACGGUGGUUAACCAGUGGCACAUCCUCGCAGGCGGCUUUGCCCUUGUGACUCACCAGGCGGCAAAGCUGUACUUCAUCACCUUCCAUGUUGUGGUCGUCAUUCUCAUCGUCAAUAUUUUCAUAGCGUUCAUCUUGGAGGCAUUUUUUGUGGCGUACUCCUUAGAAAAAAGUGAAGUCGAAACUGCCAUCGAGAAGAAGAUUCAAGAGCUUGGAGUGGGAAUCCAAGAAGAAGAAAUGCAGGAUGGGAAGCUCGUUGAUAACAUGGACACCAAGGACAGUGGCUUUAGUGGAGAUGAUGGAGACAACAAAGGGAAGGCUUUGAAAGGAUUGUACUUCAGAAUUGCAUCAAAAAAGUACAGGACCGUGGACGCCCUGCUGCAGCAGAUGUUUGAGUCCGAAAUUGCUCCAGAGGAUGAAGGCCCUUCCUUGGAUGAGAUUCUGAACUUCUCGCCCGGUGACAUAUAUCCCAAGAAUCCCAAUUUUGAAAACAGUGCGUGA